UUUGUAUCUGAUCGCAACCAAAUUUUCAGGAAUCCUAACUACAAUAAUAAUUAUUGUAUAUACCAAAAUUCGCAAACUAGCUUUAAAAUUACGAUUGUUAUUCGAUCUUUUUGAUUUGCGGGGGCGGAAGUGGAACGGACGGACGGACAGACACACAGACGGACAUGGCUUGAUCGUCUCGGCUGUUGACGCUGAUCAAGAAUAUAUAUACUUUAUAGGGUCGGAGAUGCCUCCUUCUACCUGUUACAUACAUUUCCUGUCGGCACAAAGUUAUAAUACCCUUCUACCCUAUGGGUAGCGGGUAUAAACAUUGGAAGGCUCUUAGCGUUGCUUUUGCUUUUGAACGUCGAUCAAGUGCAAACGUGGGUGGAAAUGAAAGCAACUCGUUGCAGGCAACAUGCAGCAUGCGCGCUGUGACGUUACAAUUGCAUGCUCUCUUAAGUUUCUCUUGCUGUCUUCAAGAGAGCGCUUUUGAUCACUAAAUGUGUGCACGAUUUUCGUCAGUUGAGCUGCAACUUUUGAAGUGGAAGCAUCACGCGAUUCGCGCGGUUUACGGCAGAAGCGACAACUACAACAACGCUGCGCAAGCACACUCAAGUGCACAUGUAUUGGAAGUGAUAAAAAAAAAAUUCAGCACCCAGCCCUUAAUGCGUCGUGCAAAUCCACCAGCCCCUAGUCCUGAGUUAACAACUGUUCAGGAUGACCUGUUUGAAAGGAGGUCGACUGCUGCCACGAUUGUUGUUCGCGAGCCUGAGCGUCUUGCAGCAGCAGAGAUUUCGGCACCUAAGCCUGACUUUGAGCGUCGCUCGAAUCCGCCUAAACCGACAAAACCAACAAGUGGUGUACAUCUGGGUCUCGAACCCUCACUUGCUGCCCGAUUGCCCGACAUAGACUCGUCGAUUGGCCGCAGACGCGUGAAUUAUGUGCGUAGAUCUCCAAGGAACAUACAAACGCCAAUGCAACCAACUUCGUUGACCGAUGCCACGUUGCCCAAGUCGACAGUUUUCGUGAGACGACCAACGGUUGUUCCCGUUCCAACAACUAAUGCGAAGACUCAGCGCCGAUCGAGUCUUCCGGCACCUGUUGCUUUAGAGGAGGCGCGCAAGAAGUUGGCGGCAUUGGCGGCUACACCGGAAACAACACCUGCUUCACCAUCUGAUUGCACUGAUCCACGUGGUCGCAGUGGAAGCUAUGCCACCCAAAUACCACCCAAGGCAAGUGUGUCGCCCAUCCAAUCGAGUGCGAAAGGUCCGACGACAAGUUGGCCCCGAAAGGAGAACAUUCCAGUUAAGAAAUUUCCCUUACCUCAGUCCAUCCCAGUGUUUGGAUCACCCAGCGGUAGUUCGGCAAAGUCAACGACUCACACAUCGCCGCCAACUACAAAAUCGAUCCCGGUGAUUGGGUCUGCAGCAAACAUCAACAACAACAGCAAGUACAAUGACAAUUUGAACAUGCCGAACGCAUUGCAUGGUUCAAUCAAUUUAAAUAGGGCACCGAGUCUGAAUAACCCGUCGCCAGGUAAUGUUGAUGGUUUUGCUUCUAGUACUCGACGCUAUGUCAAUCUUAAGGGUGCGGGCUCACGUGAUCCACGUCGUGCUGAAUGGGGUCAGAGUAAUGGACCCCUACAGCAGCAGCAACCUCAACAACACCCAACAGGAUCACAGUAUUCACCACAAGUUGGCGGCCAACGGCGUGGAGGUCCAUCCGGUUGGCAGACAUCCAAUAAUCCAGGCAACUAUAACAGCCACAAUCCCGGUGACAAUCUGAAUAGAGGGAACAACAAUAAUAAUAAUCCAGGCUGGAACAACAACAAUAAUAACAACAGUCACUUUAUCAACGGAUGUCCGAAUUUCAACUACAACAGCCGACCCAUGUUCAAUCGUGCUACAAGUCUCGGUGGCAGUCUAUUCAAUGCCCCUCAAGUACCCGGCAACAACAAUAUCAACGAUCCGCCAUUUUCAGGGGCACCGCGCACUUAUCGCGAGCAUCUGGCGGUCAAGGCCAAGCAGCAGGAGAUGCAGCGUCAGCUGGAGCCGAACGAAAAGGAGCGUCGGCUUGUGGCAGCCGAAAAGCAACGUCAGCUUGAGGCAGCCGAAAAGCAGCGUCAGAUUGUGGCAGCCGAAAAGCAACGACAGCUUGAGGCAGCUGAAAAGCAACGACAACUGGAUGCGGCGGCGGCAGAAAAAAGGCGAAAGCUGCAAGAAGCUGAGAACUGCUAGACGACGGACAAGCGGUUGCGGCACC